AUGCCGAGGCCACCGUCGCCCCCGGCAACGGAGAAGCGGCGGUCGCCGUCGAUCAUCGUCGAGUCGCCGGACGAGGAAGCUGAGGCGGUUGCCGCAGAAACGGGGACGGUCCCGGAGAUGCAGGCGCCACCUACGUACGGAGUGGCGCCCCCUCCACCGGACGAGGCGCAUUCGAUGAGGCGCGGGUCGUUGAAGAGGGUUGUCGCGGCGACGGGUACGCUCUCGGAGACGACGGUGGCGCCACCUACGUAUGGAGUGGCGCCCCCUCUGUCCGAAGGGCAGUCGAUGAGGCGUGGGUCAUUGAAGAGGGUUGCCGCGGCGACGGGUACGCUCUCGGAGACGACGGUGGCGCCCCCUUUUCCGGUUGCGGCGCCGCCGCCGCCGGCGUACCAGGACGCAGUUCCGGUGGAUAUCUCUAGUCAGAAUGUUGCGAAGUACGGUGACCUUGAGUUGUUCCUGUCGGGNCAGAGAAUGUGA